CCAUCUCAUGGCGAAAAUGGCGGCGGCCUGAAAACACCAGCGAACAGAGUUCAACAACGCGUAGCCGUCGCAAUUUUUCUUCGUUGAUGUUGCGUCGUCCCGACGAACGACGACCAUGGAAGUGACCGCAGAAAAUUUCAAGGAACAGUUCGGCGUGCUGAAGGCAGCUCUCGAGAAUGCCUCGUUCGUCGCGAUCGACUGCGAGUUUACCGGUCUAGAGUUGGAAAGAAGCACCCACGCGUACGACACCCCGGAGGAACGUUACCAGAAGCUGAGAGAGUCCUCUCUAGAUUUUCUGGUGGUGCAAGUCGGCGUGUGCGUGUUCCAGCAUGACAAGGAAAAGCGCGGGUACAAGUACAAGGCAUUCAACUUCUAUGUUUGUCCCAAGCAAACGAUCAAGGGUGCACCCGACAGGAUGUUUCGAUGCCAGGCUAGCAGUUUACAGUUCCUGAGUCAACACGGGUUUGACUUCAACAAGCUCUUCAGUCAUGGCGUAUCGUACCUGAGGAUGGAAGAAGCCGCGCAGCUGAGCCAGGCGUUGAGCGAGCGGCACGAGCAGCAGCUCAAGGACGUGGGCUCGCCAAACAACGGCCCGUCCAAGAUAUCCAAGGUGGAGGUGCCCAAGGACAGCCAACAGUUCAUAGACGACAUCCUGGACUCGGUGCAGAAGUUUCUAGACAAUGCGUCCGGCACGGAGGUCGACAUGGAGGGCGAGGACGGAGUCGGGAACGCCACCGCGAAGCAGGACUCGCCCGAGGACUUGUGCAUGCGUGAGGCGACCCCCAAGAAAGAUGGCAGUGCCCUUCACCUCUCCGAGUGCAACGGCUUCAAGCGCAAGCUCAUCUACCAGGAAGUGAACGCGCGCUUCGGCGACAAGGUCCAGCUCACCACGGAGUCCGACUCGGAAGGCAUGCUCCACAUCGCCGUGCGCAUCACCGGCACGCCGGAAGAGCAGAGGGCCCGGCUCGAGCUCAAGCAGAAGAAGGAAAGGGAGGAUCUCGAACUGGCGCAUGGCUUUGGGCGGGUCCUCGAGCUGCUGGCUGCGAGCGGCAAGUUGAUCGUGGGGCACAACAUGCUGCUCGACAUCAUGCACCUCCUCUAUCAGUUCGUGGACGACUUGCCCCAGAACUACAAUGAGUUCAAGAGUAUGGUGAGGGCCGCCUUCCCAUGCCUGGUGGACACCAAGGUUCUCGCCAGUGACAACCAAAUCAAGGAUUCGUUUGCCACGACAGCCCUGGGGUUACUGCUCAAGCAACUUCGCUGCAGACCAUCCUGUGUUCCGCCCGUUGAGUCCGAGACCGGCUAUGGCUACAAUUUGAACCAGGCCAAGUUUCACGACGCCGGCUUCGAUGCAUUCGUUACGGGCAUGUGCUUAUUGGGCCUCUGCCACCAACUCGGUAAAUACAAGGACCACACCCUUGAGCUGAAAGAGACCAGUCCAAUCCUGAAACCGUAUCUCAACAGGGUCCACAUGAUGAAGUCUCCAGACAUUCCCACUCUAAAUAUGGCUGGCAACGAUGUGAUACCAUCCCGGAGCCACAUACUGCACGCGACGUUCCCCACGGAGUGGCGCGCCAACGACUUCCACCAGUUGUUCAACAGCUUCGGUCAGAUCACCAUCUACUGGAUCAACUCCACGCAAGCAUUCAUUGCAAUGGCUAGCAGCCCUCUCGCUACGCAGGCGCUGAAGAAACUUGGCUCAAAGAAAACGUCGACCCAGGAUUCCUAUUGCCUACAGAGCUACUCCACUUACAUAAUGAAGCUGAGGUGUCAACGUGACACUGCAGCGGUAGUGACGGCGAACAAGAAGUCCUCGCCGGGGCAUUCUGACGAGACUGUGGAAGAAACGGGUAUGGCUCGCAAGCGGAAGAGAUCUGCCUCAUUGACCUCGCUGGGAUCCAUCCAACCCCGUGUGUUGAAAGAGGAAAGCGGUGAGUCAAAGCCGAAGCUGGUGAAAAAGACGACGACGCCAGCCGUGCAGAUUGCCAUCACCAAAAAAUUGUUCGAAGAAAACGACGACUGGAGCUAGGGACAAGUGCGAGAGCAUUCAUCCUCCGCCCGUCACCUUUCAUUCAUCUGCAUAUGCUCGUCAGCAUUAUAUAAAACCCAUUAUCUCAAACA